CUUCAGUGUCUGCACACCUGUCACCAAAAAGCUAGGUUAGGACUAAAGAUACGAUAAAAUAACAUGAUAGAAUAGCAUAUGGGAGGAUUAUUAGAAUCCAAUAGCCGCUUAAAAAGUCAAAUCGAUAAAAUUAUAUCACAAGUUCUCUUCCUCUCAUCACCUUCUUCUUGAAAAUCAAAUUUAAGUGACGUGUAACAUCAGUGUAGCGGAUUAAAAAAAAAAAAAAAUGGAUAGAUCUCACGCAUCACAAUUUGUGAUGCUUGCGAUAACGGUGAUCCUUAUCUUAGCCACGUACGCAUCCAGCCAGGCUCUCGACUCCGGUGUGUUACAAAUUCGCGGCAUACCUGUGAUGAAAAAUCCAUUAUACAGACCGGAUCGCGAUUUCGAGUGUUUGGACGGUAGCCGGAUUAUACCGUUCACAUGGAUAAACGAUGAUUAUUGCGACUGCGGAGACGGGAGCGACGAACCCGGAACGUCAGCGUGUGUCAACGGUGUGUUUUAUUGCGAAAAUAUUAAUCACAAACCGGCGUACAUACCGUCAUCGUGGGUAAACGAUGGCGUGUGCGACUGUUGUGACACGAGUGACGAAUAUGAAUCCGGAAAAAAUUGCGUUAACAAUUGCAACGAGCUGGGCACAGAGGCCCGGCUGGAACAGAAGAAGGCGGAACAGUUGGCGCGCGAAGGGAACAAACUGCGUCUAGAGCUGGUCACAAAAGGUAAAAUUGUCAAAGCGGAGUACGCAUCUCGUUUGGCAAAAUUGAGAACGGAUUACGAAGAGGCGCAAUUGACAAAGAAAGAAAAAGAGAUAGUGAAGAUACAAGCGGAGGAACGAGAAAGUGUUGCUUUGGAAAAGUACAAACCCUCCGAGUUGGAGGAACCAGCUACGGAGGAUACGGCUGAUGGCGAGGAAGAUUUGACAGAGGCCGAGAAUUACUUUAAGAUGUUAGAUUCGAAUUCCGACGGUAAGGUAACAAUAGAGGAGUUGCAAACCAGGAGUACAUUUGAUAAAAACAAAGAUAGCGCUGUGUCAGAAGAAGAAGCGUUGUAUUUUCUCAGUGAGAAAAAGGAAGUUGACUUGCAAGAGUUUAUGGAUUUAGCAUGGAUGAAUAUAAAACCAUUUUUAAUGCUAGACAAAGGUAUGUUCAAACCAACUAUAAGUGACAAAGUUGAAGAGCAAUUAUCUUUGGACGAUGCAAAUCACGAGAAAGAAGAUGAAAGAGAAAUGAUUGAAGAGAAUGGUGUUCCUGAAGAAGAACACGAAGAGAAAUAUGAAGAAGAACACGAGGAAGAAUAUGAAGAAGAUCAUAAGAAGGAACACGAGAAGGAGGCGGAAGUUUCAUACGAUGAAGAAACGUUAGCGCUUAUUGACGAAGCUAAUAUCGCUCGCGAGCGUUUUCAGGAGGCGGAAAAAGCCGUUAAUGAUUUGCAGUCAGAAAUCAAACAACUGGAAGACAAGUUGCAACGCGAUUACGGACAGAAUGAGGAGUUUGCGCCACUUGAUGGCGAAUGUUUCGAAUACACUGAUUUAGAAUACGUUUACAAUUUAUGUUUAUACAACAAGGCAACUCAGAAAUCUAGAUCUGGUGGUAGCGACGUCCAUCUAGGUCACUGGAACACUUGGGUGGGACCACCUGGUGCCAAAUAUACCAAAAUGAAGUACGAUCGUGGUGUCACAUGUUGGAAUGGUCCUGCGCGUUCAACAAUAGUUACUCUAACGUGCGGAAUCGAAAACAAGCUUAUGUCGGUAACGGAACCUAGUCGUUGCGAAUACGCUAUGGAGUUAUCUACGCCCGCAAUCUGUAACUUCAAUCAAACAGAAACUGAUAUACACGACGAACUAUAAGAAAAAAAAAAAAAAAAAAAAAAAAA